AUGGCAUCGAUAUCAUUCCGUGGCAACAACUAUGCUCUGCAAGUUGGAGACAACCGUGGCUCGAUAGACUUCCAUCUACCUCCAGUGCGACCGGAAACUCCACCCAGCCCUCUAUCGACUGUCCCGUUCGCGCGUGAUACAGACUUUGUCAGUCGUGACACUCUACUUCAUCAGAUCCACGAGAAAAACUCAGCACCAGGGUCAAGAAUAGCGCUGGUCGGCCUCGGAGGUGUCGGGAAAUCGCAACUCGCCAUCGAAUACUCCUAUCAAGUCCGAUCCCAAUCGCCUGCGACAUGGGUUUUUUGGGUCCAUGCGAGUAACGAUGCCCGGUUCGAGCAAAGCUUUCGGGAUAUCGCAGACCAAAUCAAAAUUCAGGGCCGUCAGGAUCCUCAAGUCAACAUAUUCAAACUGGUCGAAAACUGGCUCCUGGAUGAGAGUAGAGGGAAAUGGCUUUUAAUCCUUGAUAAUGUUGAUAACGAUCAACUUCUCUGCUCGUUUUCGGUGGCAGGCAGGGAAGAUCCGAUAAGCAGCCGAACAAACGCCUCAACAAAACCACUGUUAGAAUAUAUUCCUAAGAGCCGAAAUGGUUCUGUCAUUAUCACGAGUCGCGCAAGAGAGGUUGCACUGAAGAUGGCCAUUCACAAAAACCUUAUUGAGAUUAAACCGAUGGAGGAAUCCGAAGCGCUAGAGCUUCUCCAAAGGAAGCUUGAUCAACCAAGAGAAAACAAGGAGGGUCUGCAACUGAUGAACGCGUUAGAGUUUAUGCCGCUAGCAAUCGUCCAGGCCGCAAGCUAUAUUCUACAACGGGAAUCCCGCUACUCAGUAUCACAAUACCUACAAGACUUCCAAGGGAGUGAUUGUGAAGCAAUAAGGCUUCUUAAAAAAGAGGCAGGUCACCUGUACCGGGACUGGGAAGCCAAGAAUUCAAUUUUGGUGACGUGGCAAAUAUCAUUCGAUUAUAUACGACAAACAACGCCAUCGGCAGCAGAUUUACUUUCUCUCAUGAGCUUGUUCGAUCGGCAAGGGAUACCAGAGAACCUUAUCCAGUAUCAACCUAAAGCCAGUAACAGAUCUAUUUCAGAGCACCCAAAUAACUUUGAUAAUGAUGAUGACGACACAUCUGAAUCUGAUAUAGGCCCGGAUUUUGAAGAUGAUAUCACGACACUGAGAGGUUUUUCAUUUAUAUCUAUCAGUGAAGAUAAUACUUCCUUUACCAUGCAUCGGCUGGUGCAACUGACAAUGCGCGCGUGGUUGAAAUCCCAUAAACAAAUAAACCAAUUCCGGGAGAGAUUCAUUCGUAUCCUAUGUGAUGAGUUUCCUACCGGUGAAUUCGAAAACUGGGAGAGAUGCAGGCCCCUAUUUCCUCAUGUCAGAGCGGCUAUGUCACAACGACCAUUAUCAACGAAGAAUCUACAAGAAUGGGCGACAUUACUCUAUAGAGGUGCAUGGUAUGCGUGGCAAAGCGGUAAUAUCGCAGAUACAAGAGAAAUGGCAGCAAGAUCAAGAGAGCAAAGAAUGAUCUUACUAGGUCAAGAGCAUGAAGAGGCCCUUAAUAGCACGGGCAUGUUAGCAAUAGCAUAUUGGCUUGACGGGCGGUGGGAAGAGGCCGAGCAGCUUUUUGUGCAGGUGAUGAAGACUCGCAAGACAAAGCUCGGCGAGGACCAUCCCGACACGCUGACCAGUAUGGCCAACCUAGCAUCAACAUAUUGGAAACAGGGUCGGUGGGAGAAAGCCGAGCAGCUCGAGGUGCAGGUGAUGGAGACUCGCAAGACGAAGCUCGGCGAGGACCAUCCUGACACGCUGAGUAGUAUGGCCAACCUAGCAUCAACAUAUCGGAAACAGGGUCGGUGGGAGAAGGCCGAGCAGCUCGAGGUGCAGGUGAUGGAGACUCGCAAGACGAAGCUUGGCGAGGACCAUCCUGACACGCUGAGUAGUAUGGCCAACCUAGCAUCAACAUAUCGGAAACAGGGUCGGUGGGAGAAGGCCGAGCAGCUCGAGGUGCAGGUGAUGAAGACUCGCAAGACGAAGCUCGGCGAGGACCAUCCCGACACGCUGACCAGUAUGGCCAACCUAGCAGCAACGUACUGGAACCAGGGUCGGUGGGAGAAGGCCGAGCAGCUCGAUGUACAGGUGAUGAAGACUCGUAAGACGAAGCUCGGCGAGGACCAUCCCGACACGCUGACCAGUAUGGCCAACCUAGCAUCAACAUAUUGGAACCAGGGUCGGUGGGAGAAGGCCGAGCAGCUCGAGGUGCAGGUGAUGAAGACUCGUAAGACGAAGCUCGGCGAGGACCAUCCCGACACGCUGACCAGUAUGGCCAACCUAGCAUUAACAUACUGGAACCAGGGUCGGUGGGAGAAGGCCGAGCAGCUUUUUGUGCAGGUGAUGGAGACGAGCAAGACGAAGCUCGGCGAGGACCAUCCCGACACGCUGACCAGUAUGGCCAACCUAGCAUUAACAUACUGGAACCAGGGUCGGUGGGAGAAGGCCGAGCAGCUCGAGGUGCAGGUGAUGGAGACGAGCAAGACGAAGCUCGGCGAGGACCAUCCUAACACGCUGACCAGUAUGGCCAACCUAGCAGCAACGUAUCGGAACCAGGGUCGGUGGGAGAAGGCCGAGCAGCUUUUUGUGCAGGUGAUGGAGACGAGCAAGACGAAACUCGGCGAGGACCAUCCCGACACGCUGAGUAGUAUGGCGAAUCUCGCUUUCACUUGGAAAUCUUCAGCUCACGACGCCGAGGCGAUCAAUCUGCUACGAGAGUGCUUAGCCAAGCAGAAGCAAAUACUCGGCCUCAACCAUCCCCUGACUUUAUCUCAUGCUGAAAUAUUGUUAAAAUGGGAAACAGAUGAGGAGUCUCAAACUAAUAGUGAAUAG